GGAGCGGCGGGGCUGCUGCUUUUAUUCUCCCCGAGGAGGUGAAUUGACCCGCGGACUAAGAUGAGCAUAGUUGUGACCCAGCAGCAGCAGGCCGAGGCGCUGCCAGAUGUGACCCAGACGGCACCGGAGAGCGACUCAGAUAGCGGGAUGGGUUCUCCAGCAGAGGAGGUGGCCACAGAAACGGCCCCCAAAGGAGACGACCUUCCAGAUUCUGAUGAUGAUGACAUCACAGCUCGUAGAAAGCCUCGCCGUCACGCCAUCAGAGACAGCGACAGCGAGGAAGAGGAGAGCAGCAUCAACAUGGCUGAAGCCCUGCUGUUAGCCACCUCCAGCGGAGAAGAGAUGGAGACCACAGAGAGGGGGCAGAAGAAGAGAAUAGGCCACGCCCCCAGUGAUAGCGAAGGCAGCGAGCAGGAGGAAGGAGAAAUGAAGGAGGGGAUUAAGGAAGUGAAAGCAAAGAAAGAGAAGAAGAGAGAGAAGAAUCAGAGACAUCGUGAGAAAAAGGAAAAGUGCAGCAAAGCGCUGGAAAAAGUGAAGAAGAGGAGAGAGGAGAGGUUCUGUGAGAGAGACGAGGACCUUCCUCUUCCCCGGCCUCUGAACGACAGUGGAUGCCCUCUCGCCGACACAGACCUGUUUGACACGGGUCUGGAUGAUGAUGAAGAGGAGGAGUCUCUGGAAGCCAUUAGAGCGGCAGUCAGGCAGAAGAUGAAAAAACACAAGAAUCCAGUUCUGAAUGAGGAAGAGGAGGAUGAAGAAGCUCCAGAGAAGCCCCAACGUGCAGAGAGGAAAGCUGCUCGGGCCAGCAGAGAGGCCAUGAAGCAGCUCCACAGCGAGUCCCAGAGGCUGGUCAGAGAAUCCCUCCUGGGUUUGCCGUACCACGUCCCCGAGCCCAAGACUAUCGACCAGUUCUUUAAGAAGAGAGUCCGGCCAGAAGGUCCUGCUAUGGCCUUGUUGAAAUCUUCUAAAUACUCAGAUAUGAUGUUGCGAACACCAUCGGCUGUGCCCGUCCAGCCAUCUACGGACCAGGAGUCUUCUACUCUUCUCGAACUUCCACCCACUCACAUGCAGCCUUCACUUCAACCUGCAGCCACUUCGUCCCCAGAACAGGACAACCUCUGCCAGCCCAGAGAAGCCUGUGAGGGUCCGGAUCCAGAGCAGGGGUCCGGCUCACGUCCGGAGCAGGGCUCUGAGGUGAUGCUUUAUCUCUCUGAGAGUCUGCAGGAGUGUGUCCCUGCUGAUUCCGAGGAAGCAAAAUCUGCUUUAGGGUGUCGAGCGGAAACCUCUGCUUCUCCCCCAGAACAAAAUCCAGCUACAGGAGAUUCUGAAGGCCAGCAGGCCGAGCAUUUGUCAGAACCCUCAGAGCAGCAGCCCUCCAGGCUGAAGAACAACAAACUGGCCAGACUGAAAGAGCUGGGCCUGAACCCCCCACCUGUGGCCAAGCUGUGUCUGGACGAUGGAGCAUUUGUUCAACUGGAGCCCCCCCAGCUAAACCCAGGUGUGGAAGCUCUGAAGGAGCGUUACCUUCGUCACGUCCACGCACCCACGCGUCAUCAUGGCGAGCGCAGCAUCCAGCUCAGUAUCAUCCGUAAAGAUAGCACCGCCUCUGGCCAGGAGGAGCUGCACACCGAGUCUGUGACUGUCACCGUUAAAGAUGGAACAGAGGAGCCGGCGCCAACAAAACCAGGAGAGAAGCUGCUGACUUUGAAGCAGCGGCUGCAGCUAGCCAUGGCCCAACGCAGGAAGGAGGAGAGGGAACGGAAGGCCGAGAUGCAUCGCCUCGACAACGAAGACUGUGAGGAGGAGGAAGAGGAGGAGGAAGAUAUGACAGAUGAGUCAGAGGAAGAGGGUGUGGACGAGCUCCUGGGAGGUGGUGAUGCUGAAGAGAAUGAUGAAGAGGGGGGGAGCGUGGCUCAGAGUUUCCACAGUCCUCGUCCACCACCAACGCCGGACCUGCUGAACACAGACGGGACUCUGAUGCUGUUCCCCGGCAGCUCCUGCUCCCGGACCGGGGAUGGAGUCCGACGGGCCGGACCUGCUGGAGCCGACAGCAGCAGUAAGAUGGAGGAGGACGACUCUCUGUCGCUGAAGGAGAACAGCCACAACAGCAGCUUCGAGCUGGCGGCGUCCAUGAUCACCUCGUACCAACCCGUCAACAACCAGCGCUCGGCGGGCCGCACCUCCUCCGGCGCCUCCAUCUUCCGCUCGCCGUCGCCCUGCCUCUUCCGGUCCAGCUUCCUCAGCUCUGCCUCCAAGAGUUCAGGAAAACUGUCCGAGCCAUCUCUCUGCCUCCCUGUGGAGGACUCUCAGGACCUGUAUGCCCCCCCGUCUCCUGGCGUGGACUCGGGGCCCCUGGGAGGAGCAGGUUCUGGUCCUGGACUGGGAGGAGACUCGCAGGUUCGCUUUUCCCUGGAAGACGACACCCAAUCACAGCUGCUGGACGCAGACGGCUUCCUGAACGUGGGGCCGCGGCCCGGAGCGCGCCCCUCCCACAAGAGACAGCUGAUCCUGGACAGCCUGGACGAAAACGCCAUGGACGCCAACAUGGGGGAGCUGCUGGGGCUCUGCUCGGGCGGUUUCGGGUCGGCGGGGGGGAACUCCGCCACACAGGACGACGAGCUGCUCGGCUUUUCAGGAGAGUUUCCACCAACCCGAACUGAAGAGGAGCAGACAGCGAGGGGAGGAGGAGGAGGAAGGAAGGACGAAGAGUCUGACAGCAGCAUGGAUCAGCUGCUGGGACUCUGCUCUGGAAAAUUCCCCAGUCCAGGUCCUGCUCAGACGGCCUCACCAGGACAGAGCAGUAAAAAGAGGUCAGAGGAGGAGGAGGAGGAGGAAGAGGAAGACUGUGGGUUCCACCUCCUCUCAGAUGUAGAGAGCGAGCAGGGAGGCGAGGAUGAUGAUGAUGGCGCUGAGGAGGAGGAUGAUGCUAUGGAGGAAGAGCUGCAGGGUGUGUUCUCACCACAGAAGAAGAAGAAGAAGAAGACGAAAAUGACUCUGAUGAACUACGUGGACUCGGAGGCGGAGCUUUCAGGCAGCGAUGUUGGCAGUGACGAUGAGGAUGGCGACAUGGGAAGUGAAUAUGAGGAAGAGGAGCUGCUGGAGGAGCUGCCCUCUGAUGAAGAGCUGCAGGACCAAGUCAACAAGAUCCACAUGAAGCAGCUUCUGGACGAAGACAAGCGGCGGCUGAGGCUCUACCAGGAGCGGUACCUGGAGGACGGAGACCUGCACUCGGACGGACCGGGACGGGCGCGCCGCUUCCACUGGAGAAACAUCGACGACGGCUUCCACCUGGACCGGACCGGAGCAGAGGGGGAGGAAGAUGGGGAGGAGGAGGAGGAUGUGGAUGCAGCUGAGAUCCAGAGGAGAAAGGAGAGACUGGAGAGAGAACAAUGGCUCAGAGAGCAGUCAGAACAGAAGGCCAGGAAAGGGGAGGAUUUGGAUACAGAAGACAAGAUCGGGGACGAGGACAGCCACUUCAUGAAGCUGGCCAAGAAACUGACGGCCAAGACUCUGCAGAGAAAAGAACCUCCUGCAGCACUACAGCCAGAGAAGAAGACCUCCUCAGCUCUGAAUCCCUUCCAGAAACCCUCCCAGCCCCUGCAGGUGAGGAGAGGGUCUCUCCUCAGUCAGCCUCCGUCCGUCCUCCAGAAGCUGGCCUCCAUCUCGGAGGGAAACCCUCUGGCGCCCAGAAACGGCCGAGGUUUCCUGUUUCAGACGCUGUCUCCUGAGAAGGCGGCCGUCGCGCCACAGAAACGGAUGAUGAAGAGGAGUCUGGUGGAGGCAGCCGACCCAGCAGCAAAGAGGCCGUGCAGAGGGAACACAUCCGGGUCCCAGAGGAGCAUCUUCAGCUUCCUGGACCACUGAAGAUGAUGAUCAGCAUCUUCAUCCAGACGGAGAUCUGUUUGUUUUCCCUGAAAAUGGCCAACAGACUGUUCUCAGACCAGCUCCUGGUCCAGAAUCAGGACUCUGAUCCAGUUCAGAUGUUUUAUCGUGUAAAUAAACAUUGAUUUUUAAUUUCUUUUAUGCUGAUUGUUUGUUUACAGUGUAAAUAAAAGUAUUUUAAGA